GUUUGGUGUUUGUACGUCGUGGAAGGCUACUUCAGGUAACACGAUGAAGAAAAAUAAUGUAAUCGUCGAUACUUCGUCAUUCUAUUGUAUAUAUGAGACGAUGCGUUGUACUUCGGAAUAGUAGUAUCUGAGAAUAGGUAGACUUGGUUACGCUUUCCACUUCUGGAACUAAACAAUUGAAAAACAAAACAAGUUCUUCCGUUUGUUUAACGAGCGCUAAUUCGUUAGGAUUGCAAUAACAAUGCUUACAAUAAUUGUUUUUGGAGGUUCAGGACAUGUCGCGAAAACGAUGAUCUACCCUGCAUUGUUCUUGCUUUAUGCUCGACAAUUGCUUCCAUCAAAUAGUAAAAUCAUUGGAUUUGCUCGCUCAGAUCUUUCUCGGGAAGACUUUGAAAUGCGUGUUGUUUCUCGUGUAUCGAAAGAGAGUUUCCCAUUUUACACAAACGACACAAUAACCGCAUUUGUGGAACACUGUGUAUACUUUCGUGGAUCGUACACUGACGAAAACUCAUUUGUAAAAUUAAACGAUUACAUCAAAGGAUUUGAAGCUGAAAACUUAAGCAGUCGGGCGAAACGUAUAUUUUAUCUCGGCAUCCCGCCUUCGCUCAUCAAAUCAGUAUCUAUGGCAUUAGCGAAACUCGAUCAAAAUCUAAACGGUGACAACCGCUUGAUUAUCGAAAAGCCUGUUGGAGACAGUCUAGAGAGUGCAAGGGAUUUGCUUGAGCAUAUACGGUCUGUUUGGCCAAUUGAGAAUACUUACAAAGUGGACCAUUAUUUGGGAAUGGAAAUGUUUGAUGCCCUUCUGAUGAUGCGAUUUGCUAACCCCCUUUUCGCUAAUGUCUGGACAAGUGAGUUUGUUGAAAGCAUUCAUGUUACAUUGCGCGAGCAGGCAAGCUGUGAGGGUCGUUCUGGUUAUUAUGACUCAUCCGGAGUUCUGCGCGACAACGUUCAAAACCACUUGUUACAAUUGCUAUGUUCAGUUGCAAUGGACGAACCCAAAUCUCUUGAGCAGUCGGAUGUGGCUGCAGCUAAAAUUGCUUUCUUACGAAGCAUUCGGCCAUUGGAAGAAAAAGAUUUAUUAUUAGGUCAGUACAUUAAGAGCAAAGACCGCCAAACUGUGGGUUAUCGUGAACUUGAAGGCGUCGCGAAAGAUAGCAACACCCCGACCUUUGCUGUAUGCCAACUACAUGUCGAUAAUGAUCGGUGGAAAGGAGUUCCUAUUGUCAUUUCUUCGGGCAAAGGUCUUAAAGAUAGCUUUUGCGAAGUGCGCAUCGUAUUCAAAAACCGCGAAAAUGGUCUUUUCAGAAACAAACCAAAUAUGUAUAACCGCUUUAUAGCGCAAAUAUUUCCUCGGAUGAUUGCCUCUUUUGAGUUGAACGUGAAGGAGCCUGGAUUCACCUUUAUGAUGACGAAGGUUGCGUCUACUAUGGAUUAUCAGCAAUCGUUCUCCAGAGGCAACAUGCCAUUGCCUUACGAACGAGUGCUUUGGGAUGUUAUUAACAGUUCCCAUUCUCAUUUUGUCACAGAUGAGGAGAUUUUGUUGGAAUGGCAGAUUGUUGACAAAGUUUUGGAUCUCCCUAAUAAGAAACCUCCAUUGCCUUAUCAAUUUGGGUCCGAUUGUGGACCACGAGCUGUUGAAGACUUUAUGAAGGAACGCAAUAUGAGUUGGGACUAAAAAGCAGAUGACAUCUGUUAAUUAAUAAUGGUUUCUAUGCAGGCACGCACGUCUUAAAUACGCUGAAGCAUACUACCAUGUGCUGACUUUCGUCAAUAUCCUAGCUUCAAAGCGCCUCUUCCUCAUUUACGCACUUCAGUUUCGGUAUGACAAAUCAUCCAUUUAACUGAAUUCUAUCAACCCACACUGUAAUGACACCCCGUUGUUUUUAUGAUAUAAAUUUGAAUGUUAAUGUUGUUAAUGAAAUUUAAUGCAACAGUGAAGAUUGAAGAAAUCUGCCUAA